UAGCUGCAAUCUUAGAAUCAACUUUGAGAAAUAAUGCUAUGAGUACUUCAGAAGCAUCGUCAGAAAGUCCAGAAGAACCCACUACAUCUUCUCCCCAAGCAAUGAGUGAUUCCACACUAUUUUCAAUGCCAAACUCUGCGAUAACUAGAGAAUCACUGACGUCACAUUUAAGCUUGGAAACAAGUUCAUAUGAAAUUACCAUGACUAACGAACAGGUUUCAACAGAAAGGUCAGAGAUGACCACAGAAGGUGAAACAGAAGAACCUGAGCUCUCUACAUCAGAAAUUCAGAACAUGACAUCACUACCAAAUUCAACCAUAGCUGCAAUCUUAGAAUCAACUUUGACAAAUAAUGCUAUGAGUACUUCAGAAGAAUUGUCAGAAAGUCCAGAAGAACCCACUACAUCUUCUCCCCAAGCAAUGAGUGAUUCCACACUAUUUUCAAUGCCAAACUCUGUGAUUACUAGAGAAUCACUGACGUCACAUUUAAGCUUGGAAACAAGUUCAUCUGAAAUUACCAUGACUAACGAACUGGUUUCAACAGAAAGGUCAGAGAUGACCACAGAAGGCGAAACAGAAGAACCUGAGCUCUCUACAUCAGAAACACAAAAAAUUACGUCACUACCAAAUUUAACCACGAGUGCAAAUACAGAAUCAGCUUUGACAAAUAAUGCUAUGAGUACAUCAGUAGCAUCGUCAGAAAGUCCAGAAGAACCCAUUACAUCUUCUCCCAAAGCAAUGAGUGAUUCCACACUAUUUUCAAUGCCAAACUCUGCGAUUACUAGAGAAUCACUGACGUCACAUUUAAGCUUGGAAACAAGUUCAUCUGAAAUUACCAUGACUAACGAACAGGUUUCAACAGAAAGGUCAGAGAUGACCACAGAAGGUGAAACAGAAGAACCUGAGCUCUCUACAUCAGAAAUUCAGAACAUGACAUCACUACCAAAUUCAACCAUAGCUGCAAUCUUAGAAUCAACUUUGAGAAAUAAUGCUAUGAGUACUUCAGAAGCAUCGUCAGAAAGUCCAGAAGAACCCACUACAUCUUCUCCCCAAGCAAUGAGUGAUUCCACACUAUUUUCAAUGCCAAACUCUGCGAUAACUAGAGAAUCACUGACGUCACAUUUAAGCUUGGAAACAAGUUCAUAUGAAAUUACCAUGACUAACGAACAGGUUUCAACAGAAAGGUCAGAGAUGACCACAGAAGGUGAAACAGAAGAACCUGAGCUCUCUACAUCAGAAAUUCAGAACAUGACAUCACUACCAAAUUCAACCAUAGCUGCAAUCUUAGAAUCAACUUUGACAAAUAAUGCUAUGAGUACUUCAGAAGAAUUGUCAGAAAGUCCAGAAGAACCCACUACAUCUUCUCCCCAAGCAAUGAGUGAUUCCACACUAUUUUCAAUGCCAAACUCUGUGAUUACUAGAGAAUCACUGACGUCACAUUUAAGCUUGGAAACAAGUUCAUCUGAAAUUACCAUGACUAACGAACAGGUUUCAACAGAAAGGUCAGAGAUGACCACAGAAGUUGAAACAGAAGAACCUGAGCUCUCUACAUCAGAAAUUCAGAAUAUGACAUCACUACCAAAUUCAACCAUAGCUGCAAUCAUAGAAUCAACUUUGAGAAAUAAUGCUAUGAGUACAUCAGAAGCAUCGUCAGAAAGACCAGAAGAACCCACUACAUCUUCUCCCCAAGCAAUGAGUGAUUCCGCACUAUUUUCAAUGCCGAACUCUGCGAUUACUAGAGAAUCACUGACGUCACAUUUAAGCUUGGAAACAAGUUCAUCUGAAAUUACCAUGACUAACGAACUGGUUUCAACAGAAAGGUCAGAGAUGACCACAGAAGGCGAAACAGAAGAACCUGAGCUCUCUACAUCAGAAACACAAAAAAUUACGUCACUACCAAAUUUAACCACGACUGCAAAUACAGAAUCAGCUUUGACAAAUAAUGCUAUGAGUACAUCAGAAGGAUUAUCAGAAAUUCCAAAAGAACCUACUAUAUCUUUUUCCCAGGCAAGCAGACAUUCCACACUAUCUUCACUGCCCAACUCUGCAAUUACUAGAGAAUCACUGACAUCACAUUUAACAGUACAAACUUUUUCACCUGAAAUGACUACAACCAACGGACAUGUUUCCAGAGAAACUACAAAUAACCUUGAACUCUCAACUCCCAGCACCACGGAAUCGACAUUCACUUUUUUAAAAUCAAUUCAAACAGUAUCUUCCUCAGAUUUACCGUCGAACAUGACUACAGCUACAGACAAAAUGAAUACCUCAAUGCAAAGCACAACAGCUUCCGAACCAAGUGUAACGAAAGUUUUAUCUUCCAUGUCACAGAUUCCCCCAUCAACAUCAUUUAAAAAUGUAACUUCAAACAUUUCAUCCUCUGGUGUUACCCAUUCAUCAAAUGCAGUCCUAUCCACAAAAAUGCAUACUACAGAAGUGCAUCAUUUAACAUUAUCCAGCCGAACUACAGCCGUUCGUGUUUUAACGACAAACCAGAAAGGUUUGUCCCCCACCAGCCAUUCAUCAACAAUUUCUGCGCAUUUUUCCUCAACUCAGAGUAUUACAUUAAAUUGCACUGCAGAGGACUGUCGGUGUGACGGGGCUCCCUGUUUUUUCAAUGUUACUUCAAAUGACUGCAAAUGUCAAUGCAACAGUUCCACUUUUGGGAAUAGCUGCGAAUUUGGGGGAAACAAUAUUCCAGUCAUCAUUGGCGUAACGCCCACUAGAAAAGUCAACAUCUCUUUGAGAAUUAUGAAGAAUUUUGAUCUGUCUUUUAAAAACCUGAAGUCCUCCGAAUCACAGAAGUUUAUCAACAUAAUAAUUCAUGAGCUGGAAUUUCUCUGUAAAGGGGCCAGCCCUGAAAAUUUCAUGGAUGUGAAAAUCAUUGACUUGAGGAAUGGAAGUAUCAUUGCAGAAACUGUUGCCCAAUACAGCUACCCCAACAAUCAGUCACAAAUUAACUUCCUGAACAAUGACCUAGUGUCCACACUCAAGGCUAUUUUUAACAAUACAGACAGCUUUAAAAAUCUGAGUCAAGCCCUCGGAGGAUUUGCUGUGAACGUGAUCAACAUCUACCCUCAACCUCUAGUGAUAAUGAGUAUAAUGGACUUAAAGCCCUUCGUCAGCUGUGAUGUGGGCUUUGCCAAUUACACACCAGAGAUCGUUGACGGAGGCUGGGAAUGUGUUAGCCCUUGUGUGAAUAGCCCUGAUUACUGCCACCAGCAGGGGGAGUGCUUCAACGCUAAGACCGGGCCAGUUUGCAAGUGCUUUGAACCACAGCUGGGUCAGUACUAUGGGGCGCAAUGCCAGUUUUACCGGCGAACUGCCCAGUUUUACGGCGUGCUCUUCGGGGUACUUGCAUCUGGAUUGUUCUUACUACUCGUUAUCGGCAUGAUUACUGGAAUUUAUUGGAAAAGGAAGAGAAAGACCAGAUUCUGGGAUAUCAACAAAUUGUGUGUAAGAAGAUGGUCAUCAGUGAAAGAGGAGUAUUUCAGGUUCCAUCAAGACUAUACCUGAUUCCUCGAUGCCCGAGUAUGAUUUUAUUGUGACUUGGGGGAAAAUCACGCAUAUUAACUUCUUUGGUGUUUACAGUGUAAGAUUUCCAUGAUUCAGUACUCAGUAAGUGGUGUAAAAGAUAUAUGUAGGCCUAUGUAUAAGAUCUUAAUUAAAAACGCUAGUAAUGAACUAUUUUCUAUAUGCGGAAAUGUCAUUAUGCACGAAGAUUAUAAAACGUGCAUUUUUAUACAUUUGCAAGUGUUUUAACUUGUGUUACAUAAAUUGAUGUUUAAAGAU